UCAGGUACUAAUCUAAGUUAAUGCAAUAGAACCAGACACAGCCUUGCAUGUAAUGGGGCGUGGUGGUCGAGGCUCCAGGCCUGGGGCCCAUCUCCGAUUUGCCGCCCAGGUUCAAACCUGUCUUUCUCAGCUGGCUGAAGGGACCAAAGUUGAUGAUAUCUUUAUCAGAAGAUUGGAGCGGAGAUAGAUUGAUUGGGUGCCCUCAGGGUAGAACUUGGCAUGCUGGGACGGGCUGACACUAGCCUACCAUGCAAACAUGUGCCCCCCAUGUGAUGUGGACCCGGUGGCAUCGGUCCAAUCUGAGGAACUUCGCCUCUCACCCCCCUGAGGACUCGACCUGUCCCUAUCAAGUGUUGGGGUUACGGCGCAAUGCCGACUUAAAGAGCAUUAAAUCCGCCUACAUCACGCUGUCCAAGAAGUAUCAUCCGGAUGUGAAUGCCAGUCCUCAGUCCAGCCAUCAAUUCCGAGCCGUAGCCGAGGCCUACCAGUUGAUCGGGAAUGCCUCGGCCAAACGGCGGUAUGACGCGAAAUUGGCCAGCGAGCUCCGACAGAACCCGUAUCAGCGUCAUACCCCAAGUCCAGGCCGUCCCCACCCGCCUCCACCGCAGUAUCGGGCCCCGCCCCGACCACCCGAUGAUAAUAUUCAUCGUCGAUGGGAGGCCUACUUGAAUGAGAGGCUCAAAAGGUCAGAACGUGAGGAAUAUAUCAGACGGCGGAGAGAUCCUUUCCAUGUACCAGAAUAUGAUGAUCCCAUGCGUCCCUUGAAACGUGAGGAUUGGUCCACAGAGCGCUAUGACCGAUUUGAGGCUUGGUUCACGAGACGCGGUGAGAGGCGCAGGCCCAAACCCACGGUCAUUCCCAUGGACCCCUACCUAAUGGGUUUUGUCAGUUCCUGCAUGGUUUGCAUAAUGAUCUUAUUGCACAACGCAUAGUCGGUUGAUCCGAGGUCUGGAUCGAACCUGAAUUUCAUUCAGACAAGAGAACCCAAAUUUUUGAGGAUGUUGUAGAUCGUUGCACAAAUGGUGUAUAUUACAUGAGAUCUGACAAACAAAACUGUUCAAUUGGCAAAGGUUAAUUUCUCCUGGAGAUGGUUAUUGCUUAGAAUACUACAUAAUAAUACGUAUUUGUUUCUUGAAAGCCUCUGGAGCGCGCGAACAACCAGCCAAUCAUAGCUUAUCCGAUGACCCGCUAGCUAACACCAUGACUCCCAAUAUGACUGAGAUCA